AUUGGUAUGUUUGAGGAUACAACUAGACAAAUGGAUUCUUGGUUCAUCAUUGUCAUCCCUCUAUCUCUAUGUAUUAUCAUCUCUUCAUCCUUCAUAUUUCUCUUAAAUCUUUUCUUUUUCUCCAAUUCAAAAACCAAGAAGAAUCUCCCACCAGGACCCUUUACAUUUCCAUUUAUUGGGAACUUACCAUUGUUGAGAAAUAAAUCCAUAGCUGAUAUUGAACUCAUCCUACAAAAACUCAAGUCCAAGUAUGGUCCUAUUAUUACGCUCAAAAUAGGUACUACAACUUCUAUAUUCAUUACUAGCCACUCUUUAGCCUACCAAGCUUUAGUCCAACAAGGCGCUCUUUGCUCCGACCGUCCACUUGCAUUACCGACCAAUCAGAUUUUAAGUAGCAAUGACCGAAGCAUCAAUACCGCCUCGUAUGGCCCCACGUGGCGGAUCCUACGUCGAAACCUCAAGUUGGAAAUGUUACAUCCCUCUCUUAUCAAGUCCCGGUCAAAAUCCCGAGCUAAUCGGGCACUAAGUAUCCUCAUUCAAAAGCUACACGAUACAGCUGAUUCUGAAGUGGGAGUGAUGGUACUUGAUCAUAUUAAGCAUGCCAUCUUCUGUCUUCUUGCCUUCAUGUGCUUCGGGAACAAGCUCGACGAGGCUCAAAUUAUUCAAAUAAAAGAUUCACAGCAUCGAGCACUUCUAGCCGUGCUCCAAUUUAAAAUACUUGACAUUUUCCCCAGAGUCGGAAAAUUAAUCUUCAGAAACCGUUGGAAAGAGCUUAUUGCAUUACGAAAAGUGGUAGAGAGUGUAUUCAUACCUCUAAUCCAAGCUCAAAUAAAGCACAAAGAAGAAAAAGCCAACUCAUGUGUUCAUAAAAAAGAAGAGGAAACGGUUUGUUAUGUCGAUACGUUGCUAAAUUUGGAAUUGCCAGAGGAAAAGAGGAAACUUACUUACGAAGAGAUUGUCAGCCUCUGUGGCGAGUUUCUCGGUGCAGCCAGCGAUACAACAUCCACCGCGUUGCAGUGGAUUAUGGCCAACUUGGUUAAGUACCCUGCCAUUCAGGAAAAACUGUAUAAAGAUAUACUGUGCAAAAUUGAGGGACCCCAACAAUCAAAGGUAGAAAAUAGCAAUAAGUUGAUACCAGAGGAGGAUUUGCAGAAAAUGCCAUAUUUAAAAGCAGUGAUCUUGGAAGGUCUAAGGAGGCACCCGCCAUCUCACUUUUUGCUGCCACAUAGAGUGACAAAGGAAAUGGAAUUGAACGGCUACGUCAUACCUAAGAACGCUAUAAUCUAUUUCAUGGUGAGAGAAAUGGGCAUGGACCCAAAUGUGUGGGAGGAUCCAAUGGAUUUCAAGCCGGAGAGGUUCUUGAUGGAUCAUAGAGAUGGCGAACCAUUUGAUAUAAGCGGAAGAAGAGAGAAGAAGAUGAUGCCAUUCGGCGUAGGGAGGAGAAUAUGCCCGGGGUAUGAUUUUGCUAUGCUCCAUUUAGAGUACUUCGUGGCUAACUUGAUUUGGCAUUUCGAAUGGAAGCCUGUGGAGGGAGACGACAUUGAUUUAACCGAGGAGUUAGACUUCACCUUUACCAUGAAGAAUCCACUUCGAGCUCGCGUCAGUCCCAGGCUGAACUGAUUGUUUGCUAUACGAAAUCUUCUAUUUGAUCUUUUCCGUUGAAGCUUCACUGACCAUAUUACAAUAAAAUCAGCAAUCAUUGAAUGUGCUGAUCAGCUGAAUGAGCUGAUGUAUGUAUAUUUCCCUGUAAAUCAGACUUCAGCGAAAUCAUAUAGUAUAUAUUGUCUUUACAAAUAUAAAUGUUUAAACAAA